AUGACCUAUUUGAUAGACCCAGAAACAAAAGCUGUGCACUUCUGUGACAUUGUACCCGAGCAAUAUAGCCUUGCUGAAAAUUUGUAUUUCAGGGGGUCCCCAUGUGUUUUCAGCACUGCAGCUCAGCAGAGAAGUACAGGAGACGAGUGUGGCCCAGAAGAUCCCCGUGAUGAGCCCAAGCAUCCCCUUUCUGACUGUGCCUUACAGCACAAAGCCAUCAAAUUGGAAGAACAAGUCCGGGAUUUAACUGAGCGAUACCGGAAAGCCUUGGCAGAUUCUGAGAAUGUCCGGAGAAGAACGCAAAAGUUUGUGGAAGAUGCCAAGCUCUUUGGGAUCCAGAGUUUCUGCAGGGACCUUGUGGAGGUAGCAGAUAUCUUGGAGAAGACUGCCGAGAGUGCUGCAGAAGAAGCAGAGCCUACUAAUCCAAAUCCAACCCUGAAGAAAAUCUAUGAAGGCCUCUCUCUCAUAGAGGCCAAAUUGCAAAGUGUAUUUGCCAAACAUGGCCUUCAGAAGAUGAACCCUGUUGGUGGCAAAUAUGAUCCAUAUGACCAUGAAAUAGUCUGCCAUGUACCAGCCGAGGGAAUGCAGCCAGGCACAAUAGCACUGGUGACUCAGGAUGGCUAUAAACUCCAUGGUCGCACUAUCAGACACGCACUCGUCGGCGUGGCAGUAGAGUCACAGGAAUGACGUGAGCUUACCCGUUGGCAUCUGGGACCUUACUGAGCUGAGGGUCCCUCAGCACUCAGUCGCAACUGCAGCUGCAUGUCUUUACUUAUUUAUUAAGCUAGGUUUGUAUUGUAUGUUGGCUUCUUUAUAACGUGCGCAGUCAUUUUGCCAUUAAUUCUAAGGUACUUGUAUAUUUAAGAAUC